GAAAUUGUUUGUAUAGUAAACGUCCAACACGACUGUGUUAAAUCACAGUGCACAGGCAUUAGUCAAUGUCACAUUCGUCAAGAGCGAACCGAGACUGCACGUAUGAAGUCCAUCAUUCAGCACAAAUCCUCGCCAUUUUACUUGCUCAAUGCUUAUUUGAUUCACAAUUACGCCCAGAUUCAAUCUGUCAUUCCUCAGUCACUUCGCGAGACACCAUUGAGGGUCGAUAAUACAGCAGACAUUCAUUUAGCGGCAGCUCGUCAAAUCCGGGAGAAGAAA